AGCCAGUUCGUGGAGAGCGACGAGGACGAGGAGCUGCUGUUCAACGUCCCGUUCACCGGCAACGUGAAGCUGAAGGGGAUCGUGGUGAUGGGCGACGAUGCCGACACACACCCGGCAGAGAUGCGGCUCUUCAAAAAUACUCCCCACAUGUCGUUUGAUGAUGCAGCCAGGGAACCAGAUCAGAUGUUCAGCCUGAAUCGGGAUAUCACGGGGGUCCUGGAGUAUCCCACUAAAAUUGCCCGUUUCUCAAGUGUUUACCACCUCUCCAUCCACAUUUCCAAAAACUUUGGAGCUGAGAUGACAAAGAUCUUUUAUAUAGGUCUAAAGGGAGAGUGGACAGAGGCCCAUCGCCAUGAAGUGACCAUCUGCAAUUAUGAAGCAUCAGCCAACCCAGCUGAUCACAAACUUGAACAGAUCAUGCCACAGACCCACUUCAUUUCCUAACAGCAUCGUCAGCCCUCCCAAAGGCCGUGGGUAUCCAUAUAUAGAGUUGAUGGACCGAGUUGGAAGAAAACAGAUUCUUUGGGGGGCUCUUGAGAGUUGAAAUAGCUUUAUUUUGUGGUGUUUGCCUUGGAGAGCAGAUUGGAGUCUCUGCAGAGAGUUAGUUGAUAAGGACAACCAUAUGCAGUGUCUUGAAGAACCUGACUAAGAUCUGGCCUUGGAUCUUGUCACUUAGGCAGAGGGGCAAUCUAGUGGCCUGAUAUUACUUGCAUUUCUGAUUGUCAAAGAAUAUUUUGAGGUUCUCGCUAUUAUGGCCUGAUCUUUGAGAUUCGUCAUGAGCAGUGGAACAGCCCGUUACCUGUCCCUGCUGCUUUACAAGGGUGUAUGGGGGGUGGAGUUUGAGCCUAAUAAUGACUUGAUGUGGUAUUCGACUGUAUUGAGGAUAAGGGAAUGGCAAGCUAAAAACUGCCUCUUGAGAAUCUGCUUCUCCCUGAAUUCCCAGAAAAUCUAACGUCUGAGGAAAGCUAAUACGGGUGUGGGGGUGAUGCUGGAUUCUUUAAUACCUAAGUAAAUGUGAAGGUCCAUGAUUAUGUAGUUGGGGUUGGUGGAAAGUAUUCAAAGCACUGUGUUUGUAAACAAAGUUUUAUUGGCUUCUGUGGAACCUCUUCUCCAUGUCGGAAGCCAGAAAGCUGGAGACCUAGUACUGUUCUAGGCACAACUUUCUAACUCUGGCAAUUUUUUUUUUCUUAAUAAACCUAUGGCAGAUAUCA